AAAACGCAGGGGCCCACUUUCGGGCCAAACCUAGCACCAAUGCUGGACUUCUUCCGUGCCUGCUUCGCGCCCUCGCGGCCGAAAAUCCCAGAGGAGUAUCUGCGACCACACGGACUUUACGACUCCAGCCGGGUGGACGUGAAGAAGCUGCGAAGGCUCAUUCUCAACAAGCAGCUCGCACCAUGCCAUCCUGGAGCGGAGGAGUGCGCCUCUGGGCAAGAUCUGGAGGAGUGCCCGAUUUGCUUCCUUUACUACCCAGUGCUUAACACGUCGUUGUGCUGCCAGAAGCGUGUCUGCACCGAGUGUUUUCUUCAGGUGCAAACGGCGACACCGCCACAUGCCCUCAGCAGCUGCCCCUUCUGCAAGGAGCAGAAGGUCACGGGCUACCUCGUCAAGCUGGUGGGGGCUCGCAGUCUGGCGGACAAGGAGGCGGAGAGGGCGGAGGAGCAGCGCGUCAUCGAGGCGCGCAUCCGGGAGCGAGAGGAGGAGGUGCGGCGCGAUCAAGAGCGGGCAGAGCAGCGGGCGGCCCGGCAGGCUGAGGAGGGCGGCGGCGGCGGAGGCGGAGGCGGCGGAGGCGGCGGAGGCGGCGGCGGGUCGCAGCGCGUGUCCACCAAUGGUGUUGGCGGCGGCGGCGGCGGUGGCGGGGUGGGCCAGGCCGCGGCGGCGGCGGCGGCGGCGUCAGACCUGAACCCGCGCCGCAACGGCAACGGCAACGGCGGCGGCGGCGGCGGCCGGGGCAGCGGCUCCGGCGCCCCGUCACCCGGAGGCGGCGGCGGCGGCGGCGUGAUGCUGACGGCUGCGGGCCGGCGGGCUGCGGCGGCGGCGGCGGCGGCGGCUGCGGUGCCGGCUGGCUCGGGCGGAGCGCAGCUGGAGCAAGCCAUGUACGAAUCACUGACCGCCGCCGCCGCCGCCACUGCCAGCCCCGGCGGCGGCGGCGAGAGAGGCGAGAGAGGCGAGAGAGGCGGCGGCGGCGGCAGCAGAGGCGGCGGCGGUGGUGGCGGUGGUGGCGGCAGGGGCUCCCACGCGCCCGGCCUCAGUCCCGUCCAGCAGGGGCCACAGGGGUCACAGGGGCCGCAGGGGCCACAGGGGCAGGCGCGGCAGCCACAGCCGCAGCCACAGGCGGCGGCGGCGGCGACCGGACCACGGCCGUCGCACUACUCGCAGCCGCGGGUGCGCGAGGGUGACGGCUACACCUCUGACGAGCACCCCGCCGCCGCCGCCGCCGCAGCAGCAGCAGCAGCAGCAGCGCACCGCCACCACCGGGGCCAGCAGCAGCAGCAGCAGCAGCAGCGUGGGGAGGAGCAGCGCGGGGAGGAGCAGCAGCGGGAGCCGCGCCGGGGCCGGGUGGCAGGAGCAGCAGCAGCAGGCGGGGGCGGCGGCGGCGGAGGCGGGGGCGGCCGCCGCUCCGAGCCCGGGCUGACGACGGCGCCCGGCGGCGGUGGCGGCGGCGGCGGCGGCUACGGGCGGCGGCAAGGUAGCGAGCCGCCGCAGCAGCAGCAGCAGCAGCAGCUACAGCCGCAGCAGCCGCGCUCGCCCAGCCUGCUCUUCGGCGGCCUCACGGUUAGCCCCGGCGGUGGCGCUGCUACUGCCCAUGCCCGGCCGGCCGCCGGCGCCGCAGGCCGGCCUGCUACAGCCACCGGCGCCGCCGCCGCCGCCGCCGCCGGCGGGGGACGUCGCGCGGCGCGUAAGGAGGGGACGGCUGCGACAGCGGGUGUCGCCGCGUCCGGCGGUGCGGCGGCGGGUGGCGGCGGCGGAGGAGGAGGAGGAGGGCGCGCCGCCUCGCGCAAGGUACCUGCGGCGCACCUGCCGGUGCCGGUGACGGUGACGGAGGCGGCGCUGGCGGCGGCGGCGGCGCGCCAGUCCGCGGCGGGCGGCGGCGGCGGCGGCGGCGGCGGUGAUGACGUCAGCAGCCAGGGCAGCAGUGUGGUUGCGGAGCGGGCGGACGAUUCGGAGGGCCUGCUGGCGGACGAUUUCCCGCUGUCUGCCCCCGUGGAGGCUGCAGCAGGCGCAGGCGCAGCAGGCGCAGGAGGACAGAGAGGCCGAGAAGGAGGCGGCGGAGGCGGCGGAGGCGAUGGCGGAGGCGGCGGCGGCAGUGGCGGCGGCGGCGGCAGUGGCGGCGGCGGCGGCAGUGGUGGCGGCGGCGGCGGCGGCGGCGGCAGUGGUGGGGAGGACGAGGACACAGACACGGAGGCGCCGGCGCCCGUGACGGCGGGGCCCACAGCGGCGGUAGCACUGGCAGCAGCAAGUGCGCCGGCAGUAGCACUGGCGGCGGCAGCAGCAGCAGCAGCAGCAGCAGCACCGGCUGUAGCACCGGCAGCAGCAGCAGUAGCGGCACCGGCUGUAGCGGCAGUGGCGGGGCGUGGCCGCGGCAGUGGCGGGGCGCGGCAAGGGGCCGAGCAGCAGGAGGGCGAGGAGGAGGAGGGGGAGGAGGAGGAGGGGGAGGAGGAAGAGGCCUUGGUCAGCCGCCGGAGAGGGCCGGCGGCAGUAGCAAGAGCAACAGCAGUAGCAGCCCCGGCCACACCGGCGGCGGCGGCGGCGGCGCUCAAGGCAAAUGCAUCGCUCGUGCCGGCGGCUGUAGCGGCGGCGGCGGCGGCUGUAGCGGCUGUAGCCUCGCCCUCGGUCUCCGCCGGGUCCGCCCCAGCCGCGCCCCGCGCGCCAAAGCCCGCCGCCGCUUCGGCCUUGGCUGUAGCAUCCCCGUCUGCUACAGCCGCCGCAGCUGCUACAGCCGCCGCCCCCGUAGACCUGGACAUGAUUGACCUGCUGGGGCCCGAGGUGGGGUGCGGCGAGGCGACGGCUGACUGCAGGGCGGGGCCGGAGGUGGUGGGCGCCGCUGCCCCCGUGGAGCCCCCGGCGGGGUGCCCGACGGCGCCCCCGGUUAUGCCCUUGGGGUCAGCACUGGUGUCGCAGCCGCAGCCGCAGCACGGGGAGCAGCAGCAGCAGCAGCAGCAACAGGCCGUGACACACGUUGCGCCCAUGGAGCAGCACACGCCGGCGGCGGCGGCGGCGGCGGCGGCGGCGGCACAGCCCGCGGCGACACCCGCGCGCACGCACGCGGUUGCAGGAGCAGCAGGAGCAGCAGCAGCAGCAGCAGCUGGAGCCGCGCCGGUAGCGGGUGCGACCGCCGUGGCAGCGGCGACGGCGGCGGUAUUAGCUCACAAGCCGCGGCGCCCGCCGCCGCCGCCACCGCUCGCCGCCGCCGCUGCCGCUGCUGCUGCUACUGCUACAGCCCUGCCGCCGGUGGCCAUCGCGCCUGGGGGGCUCGUGGCGCCCGCACCCGCGCCCUCAGCCGCGACUGCGGCCGCGCCGCCGCCACCACUGGAGUCGGCCGCCGCUCCCUCAUCGCUUGCGGCCACCGCCGCCGCCACCACCGCCGCCGCCGCCACCGCCGCCGCCGCCUCCGGCCCUGCCUCCGACCUCUCACUCACCGGCACCGGCAGUGGUGGCGGCGCCGGUGGCGGCAUUGGCGGCGGCGCUGGGGCUGGGGGCGGCAUUGGCGGCGGCGGCAGUGAGGAGGGGGGCGGCGGUGGCGGCAGUGGCGGCGGCAGUGAGGAGGGGGACGCGCUGCUCCUCGGCAAUGACAACCCGCUCUUCGACGUCUGGUCCAACAGUAGCAGCUGCACCACCCUCAAACGAGCCAGCGCCGACUUGCUGCAUGCGGGGGCGGCGGCGUCGCAUCACCCGCAGCUGAUGGAGGAGGGGUCGCAGGUGCAGCUGGAGGAGGAGGCGCCAGCGGGCGGCCUGCUGGUGCCGGCGGCGGCGGCGGCGGCGGCAUUGAACUCGGCGGCGGCGGCUAUAACAGCGCCGGCAGCAGCAGCACCCGCGGCCUCCGGGGCAGCAGCAGCAGCAGCAGUAGCAGUAGCAGCUGCAUCAGUAGGUGUCAGUCAUGUGCCAGUGUCAGCGGCGGCGGCCACGGCCGCGGCGGCGGCGGCGGCGCGGCUGCCGCCGCUGCAUAUCCCCGCGGCCUCCGGCGUAUCCCCCGCGCCCUCCGCCACCGCCGCCACCUCCGCCGCCGCGACGGGCCGUGCAGGCGCCGCCGGGCCCGCUGCCUCUGGUGCCUCUGUCGCGGGUGCGGGUGCGGAGCCCGGUGCCGGUGCUGUCAACAGCAACGCCAACACCCCCGGGGGAGGAGGAGGGGGCCUGGCCACGCCCAGCCCGCGACUGGGCCUGCCGCCCAUGCAGCUACAGCCGCCCAUGCAGCUACAGCCGCUACAGCCACAGCCGCUACAGCCGCAGCUGGCGGCGGCCGCUGCUGUUGGCAGUAGCAGUGGCGGUUGCAGUGGCGCCGCGGUGGCGCCAGCCACGGCCCUGGUCCCGGCCGCGACGGCAGGGGCAGGGGCAAGGGCAGCGGCAGGGUCGGCAGCACCGGUGGUCACCUCGCUGCAGUCUCUGGCGGUGGAGCUCAUACGGCACAACAGUGGCGGCCGCAGUGGGGCAGCAGGAGCGGCAGCAGGAGGGGCAGCAGGAGGGGCGGAGGAGGCGGCGGGAGGGGGCGGCGGGGGCGGCGGCGGCGGGGGGCGGGAGAGGGAGCAGGUGGUGGUGGUCGGCAUGGUCAUGUGCCAGAUCCCCAUGAUGCGCCCUCGAGGAGGAGGCGGAAGCAAUGACGCAGCUGGAGGAGGCGGCGGAGGCGGCGGAGGAGGAGGAGGUGCAGCAGGCGACACGACAGCUGCAGCCAGCAGCGGCGCCAAUCCCACGGCCGCAGCCGCUACAGCCGCAGCCGCUACAGCCACUGCCGCUACAGCCAUUGUCGCUACAGCCACGGCUGGCGGCGGCGGCGCGCUGGUGCAGAACCCCGACGGCAGCUUGCAGCUGCUGCUGCCGGACCCCGCGCCUGCCACUGCUGCCGCUGCUGCUACUGCUACAGCCGCUGCUACAGCCGCUGCUACAGCCGCUGCUACUACAGCUGCUGCUACAGCCGCAGCCGCUGCUGCUGCUACAGCCGGGGCCGACCCGGACGUGUCCGCCAUCAUGGCCAUGCCGUACGCCGACUACAGCCUGACUGAUGCGGCCGAGCCGUCCUCAUCACUCCUGCCGUACUCGGCCGCAUCCUUGUACGACACCUCAUCGCUGUCGUACGACGCGCCGACCCCGCACGCCAGCAGCGGUAGUACUGGCGCCGGCGGCGGCGGCGGCGGCGGCACCGCCACACGCGGGCAGCAGCACCACCAGCAGCACCAGCGGGAGGAGCAGGAGGAGGACGAUGACCUGGAUGUGCGGCGGCGCUGCGCGGCGGCGGACGCACGGGUGCGGGCGGCGACGGCGGCCGUGGAUGCGCGCGUGGUGGCGGCCAUUGCGGCGGCGGCGGCGGCGGCAGAGGCUGGGCAUGCUGGAGAGCGGUAGCAGCAAGCGUUGAUGGCAGCAAAUAGGGGCAUGGGGCUGUUUAAAGGGUGGCUCGUUGAACUCUGACCACUAAUGCAUGGGGAGCGGUGCAUGGCAGCGCAGUGCAGUCGUAGAGCCAAGGGCCUGGCGUGCGGGUGUUUGCUUGUAAGGUAUUGCGUUUCCGGCACGGCGUGAGGGCGGCAGCAGGCACCGAGCGUGGGGGGGUGCUUGUCGUCGGGGGCUGCUGGGGGCCGCCUCGUCCGGGGCCUCUGGGGCCACGUACAGUGGACUCAGCCUACGAGUGCAGCAUUGACUGAGGGGCAGGUGACAACUGCAUAUGCUAUGCAUUGCGUGUGUGUGUGUGUGUGUGUGUGUGUGUGUGUGUGUGGCAGUGGCAGUGGCAGUGGUGUUGAGGCGCGGUGACGUGGGUCGGGAAGGAGGCCGUUGGCUUCUUUCGGGGGCCCGGAUUGGGGGAAGGCAAGCAACCGGAUGGAAGAUACGCGCUCUGGUCUCCAGCCUCGGCCUGGGCAGUAGUGAGCACCCCUUCAUCGCGCACAGCAUGCCCGGCUGUUAUUUGCACACCAUACCAUUAGUUUGUGGCGACAAAUCGUGCGAGUAAGCCCUGCUGCGUGCACCAAUGGUUCACCCGCCGUCGCCAUCGCCAGCGGAACGCCCGGGCACCAGGCGUGGUGGCACGUGCUGCCGACCAGACUGCUAGGCCUGCGCCGCCUGUGCCCGUCCCUACGUGUCAGUAAUAUGAAACGUGUCACACUGUCGCGUGUUCAGGCGUCGCGCGCGGAUACAGCAGUGAU